UUUCGUAUCCGCACCCACGCCACGCGCACCUCGGCAAGGACAAGCCUCCGCCCGCCGCCACUGCCUCCACCCCGCCUAUAAAGCUCCGCCCUUUGCCCGGCCCGCUCCUCCUCUCCCCGUCCGGGCCACGCCUCUCGCCUCCUUCCUUCGUCCUUGGCCCGUCCUGGCCACGUGGUGGUCUCCGUUCCGGCCGCCGAUUCCAAGUCCGUCCGCCAGCUCGCGCCCUGCUCCCUCUCCUCUCCGCCUGUGGGGCCGCGCCGCUCACCAAGGACGCGGGCGGGGGCUCUGCCAAGUGGCGGGCGACCGGCGGCGGGGGCACUGGCGUCGUGCGCCAGCCGCGCGCGCUCGUCCUCGACUCGUCCCUCUCCUCCUCUCGCGUCCGGUGAGGCGACUCGUCCUCAGUUCUUGCCUCUCCUCAUCUCGCGUCCGGUGAGGCAGUUCAUCCUCGGUUCCUACCUCUCCUCCUCUCGCGUCUGGUUCCAUGUUGCUCGUUCUCACUCGAAUUCGUCCGUCGUUUAGAGUAGAUAGAAGAAUCGCUUCUGAUUUGUUCGAUUCUGCUCGUCCUCAGUUCCUCUGUUCUGAACCGCGCCUGAUUCAGUUGAUUUCGCUCGUCCUCGAUUCGACCGUUUAGAUAGAAAUGCGCGUCCGGUUUGACUUGCUCGUCCUCGCCGUCGUCGUCAGUUCAGAGUCGCGUGUGAUUUGAUUCUUGCCAGUCCUCGCCGUUGCCCUGAUGCUCUCGCGUGUUCUUGGGGAUGUCUCGUCGGGGGUCCGCGACUCUGGGAGGAAGCGAGCGGUCCGUCGGUCGGUUUGGGUCACCGUCUUGUUUGCGAGCUAACCAGUCUAUUCGAGAAACUUGUUCGUGCGCUGAUGUUAUCUGACGAUCCUGCGUUUCAUUUUCGUGGUCGAGCGAUGGUUCCUGCGUUUCUGUUUGAGAACCUUGCGCGUGCGCGUCUGUUACCUGACGAUCCUGCAUUUCGUGCUAGCGGUGGAGCGAUGCUUCUUGCGUUUCUGUUUGAGAGACUUGUGCGUGCGCUUCUAUUAUCUUAUGAUCCUGCCUACGUUGUUCGUCGGUUAUUUUCAUAUCUCAAACGCAUGCGCCCUUGUGAUACUCUGGUUUCCCUCUGUCCAUUCUUGUUCUACCGGCAGGCGUGUGUGCUCCCGUCCUAGAUGCAGAGAAUCUUCUUCUUGUCUCUUAUGCUUGUUCUUGCUAUCAUGCUUUGCUUAUGUUCCAAUAUAUGAUGAUGAUGAGGCGUGUUCAACUUGUUUCUUGUUAUCAUGCUUUGCUUAUGUUUCAAUAUAUGAUGAUUCGUGUUCAAGGGCGCAAACCAUGUAGGCCGUGGGUACUGUGAUGUGAGGCUUCUUUCCUGUUGAUAAAUUAGGAUGAUAGGAUGAGAAGAAAAGCCUGACUCUUGUAACAAUCACUUGCUUGGUUUCCACUUCUUUGUGUGGCCGAUUUGGCAUCCAAUGCAUCAUAAUCACAUUUUCCCUGCUUGUUUUCAUAUCCAAUGCAUCCACUCAUCAGAGCACCCUUUUCCCUAUUUGUUUUCACUUCUUUUCCUAAUAAUUAAUCAUGUUUACCAAUACUACAUUUCUACUGCUCUUUGUUCCCUUUUGAAGUUCACUGAUUCAAAUCUGAUGUGACUUCUGUGUUAGUAUACUAGCCAUGAUGUGUUUUAUUCAAGUUAUUAACCUACAAAUUUGGCUUGAGAUGCUACAUGUUUAUAUGGCACGAUUGAUUGUUGUUUGCGUAUGGUUAUUAUGAUUGAUUGAAUGAUUGCUAUUUGUUGAUUGAUUGAUGUUUGCUGUUUGUUGAUUGAUUGCUUGAUUGCUUGAUUGCUUGUUGUUUGUUGAUUGCUAUCAAACUUUGGUAUUUGUAGUUCCUGAUCUUAGGUAACAGACCUUGCACUAUUCUUUUUCCUGAACUUUUUUGUGAUUAUGCAAUGCUUUUCUAAGUAUUUAAGGUACAAACAUGUUGAUAUGGACACAUCCCAUUUGCUCUUUAUUGUGUUGCUAAGGACACUGAUGGGUUGAGUUGGCAUAUAGUGCAGAUAUUGGCACCUGAUAUUUGAAUGGAUGUUUUCAUGAUGCCUAAUUUGAUUCAUUAUCGUUGUUCUGAUGGUGUGCUACUGGUGUUUUAACUGAAGCCGUGGAUCGCUCAUCAACCUGCUGAGCUCUUUCUGGAUAGGACAGAGGUACAAUAUUUACAUCCAUGGCAGAAGGUUCUUAACCCUGAACUCAUCAAAGGUCCUUGGACUCAAGAGGAAGAUGACAAAAUUAUUGAUCUUGUAAGAAAGUAUGGACCAACAAAAUGGUCUCAUUGCAAGGACCUGCAGAAGGACCCUCCCACCUCAGUGCAGGAAGGUCCUGUAGGUGAGGACAUGUUCCACUGGCAGGCCAGUAUCAUGGGACCCUUGGACAGCCCGUUUACUGGUGGCCUAUUUUUGGUGAACAUCCAUUUCCCACUGGAUUAUCCCUUCAAGCCCCCGAAGACAUGAACAUAUUUCAAGUCUCUUUCCGCACCAAGGUGUUCCACUUCCACUUCCACCCAAACAUUAACAGCAAUGGCAACAUUUGCCUUGACAUUCUCAAGGAACAGUAGAGCCCGACUUUGACCAUAUCAAAGGUCCUCCUGUCAAUCUAUUUGUUGCUGACGGACCCCAACCCCAAUGAUCCUCUGGUGCCUGAGAUUGCUCACAUGUACAAGACUGAUUGGGCCAAGUAUGAGUCCACGGCAUGCUCCUCGACACAGAAGUACGCCAUGGGUGGAUGUAUAGGCAAGCAAUGUCGAGAGAGUUCUUCUUAGCUAUAGCUAAAGUCAAAGACGACAAACCAGGUGACUUAUUGGAGUUGCAGGACUAUAAAUCAUCGGUCAUAUGAAUCUUCAUUUGUAAAUAUGACUGCUGGUGCUGCCGAUGAUGCUAGCCAUCGGCUUGGAACUAAUGAGAGACAACCGCUGUUGCCAACUUGAAACAUAUACUUUUUAGGUAUGAAUGGCUUACCUCUCCUCCUCUCGCGUCUGGUGAAGCAAUUCAUCCUCGGUUCGUGCCUCUCCUCCUCUCGCGUCUGGUGAGGCAAUUCGUCCCCGAUUCCCUCUCCUCUCGCCUCUGAUUCGUCCAUUUAGAUUAGAAGAAUCGCAUAUGAUUUGUCAUUUUGCUCGUUCUCGAUUCAUCUGCCUUGAAGUGCGUCUAAUUCGACUGAUUUUGCUCGUCCUAGAUUCACUCGUUUAGAUAGAAAAUCACGUUUGGUUUGAUUUACUCGUCCUCCUCGUCACUUUAGAGUCGCUUGUGAUAUGAUUUUGCUUGUCCUCGCUGUCGCCCUGAUGCUCUCGCGUGUUCUUGGGGCCGUCUCGUCUGGGGUCUCUGUCCCUACGACUCUGGGAGGAAGCGGGUGAGCAAGCGAGCGGUCGGUCGGUCUGGUUUGUGAACUAAAGUCUGUUUGAGAAACUUCUGUUCCUGCGUUUCGUGUUCACGGUGGAGCGAUAUUUCCCGUGUUUACUUGUGCAUGCGCUUCUGUUAUCUAACGAUCAUGCGUUUCGUGUUCACGGUGGAGCGAUAUUUCCUGCGUUUACUUGUGCACGCGCUUCUGUUAUCUAUCGAUCCUGUGUUUUGUGUUCGUGUCAGGGCGACGGUUGCAGGAACGAUGGGUUCUUGGUUCGGAAAUUGGAGCAGUGUCAAAUCGUUCCCUCUAUUCCACCACAUGCGAUGUUCGUCGAUUAUUUUCAUAUCUCAAACGCAUGUGCUUGAUACUCUGGUUGCCCUUUGUCGAUCCUUGUUUUACCGACAGGCGUGUGUGCUCCCAUCCUAGAUGUAGAGAAUCCUGUUCUUGCCUGUUACAGUUGUUCUGAUGCUGUUCUUUUCAAUUGUUUAUUGUUAUCAUGGUUUGCUUAUGUUCCCAUAUGGCACGAUUGAUUGAUUGUUGUUUGUUGUUUGAUUGAUUGGCUUGAGAUGGAUUGUUGUUUAUUGUUUGAUUGAUUGGCUUGAGAUGGAUUGUUGUUUGUUGUUUGAUUGAUUGCCUUGAGAUGGAUUGUUGUUUGUUGUUUGAUUGAUUGCCUUGAGAUGGAUUAUUGUUUGCUGUUUGAUUGAUUGCCUUGAGAAGGUACAAACCAUGUAUGCCGAUUGAUUGUUGUUUGUUGCCUUGAGAUAUUACAUGUUUACAUGACACGAUUGGUUGUUGUUUGUUCAUGGUUAUUACAAUUGAUUGAUUGUUGUUUGUUGAUUGGAAUCUAAUUUUGGUAUUGGUAGUAGGUAACAGACCUGGCGCUAUUAUUUUUCUGAACUUUUUUGUGAUUAUUAUGCCUUCACAUUACACUGCUCCCAGAUUCAUAUCGACAUGCCCACGCUGUCUGACGAGGAUAAAGAUGUUAUGAAAAAAUGGGAUGCUCCAAACAAGAUUGACUUCCUAUCUUUCUUAUACAAGGCAUGCAGAAGAUGUGUGGCAAUGUUCUUAUUUCAGAAGUUUGCUCUGCACAAGUGCAACAUGGCUGGAAAACCUGCUGCUGUUACUUGUGUUGUGGACAGUAUGACGGACAACCUAAGGCCUACUCGUGCAGAUGCAACUGAUGUGGCAAAUGCAGUGCUGGAUGCUGCUCAUUACUGCACCCAAACAAACUAUAACUACACAAGCUGUAACAUGAAUCACAAUUGUUUUUAUCUGCAGGCCAAUUGCCAAGUACAGGCCCACCAUGCCAUUCCUCGUCUAAAAACAAAUCAAUUGAAGUGGAGCUUCACAGGGGCAUUUGAAGCAAGACAAUCACUCAUAGUUAGAGGCCUCUUUCCCAUGCUUGCUGAUCCACGUCACCUGGCUGAAUCUACUAGCACUAGAAAUGAAUCAGUGUUGAAGGUUGCUCUUGACCACGGCAAAGCAUCUGGUGUGAUCAAGUCACAUGGAUUACCUUAGCCAUAAUUUCUAUAAGAAUGUCGCUCAUGUUACAUGCCUUGCUUUCUCUAGAACGAAGAUCUGGAUCACCCUCGCCCCUCUAGAGAAAUCAGUUUACUCAUUCAAGUUCUGGAAAUUUUUUGUAGCCUUUUGAGUUUACUUCGGUCUUGCAUGUAUUAGCUUUCUGUUUGUGCCCCUAUUUAUGUAUGUUUCUUGUGUGCAAGUGCUCCGUUCUGUGUGUGUGUGACUUGUGUGUGGCUUGACUCUGUGUGUGUGGCUUGACUUUGUGUGUGUGGCUUGACUGUGUGUGUG